AUGCUGUGUCGCGAUUUACAUAAAUUGGAAGAUGACUGCGGUGGGAAGUGGAAAACAAAACAUAUAUGUGAAGAUGAAAAUGACGAAAAAUCGCUGGGUUCAUUCCUCAAGCGUCUCGGAUACCAAGUAGCCAAAAAUCAAGCUUCCAAGGAAGGCGAAUUGAAAUUAUCGGUGAAUGAUUAUAAAGGUCUGGACGUUCACAAGAAGCUGAAAGAAGAACUUCAGAAUGCCGCCAAAAAUAUUGCACAUAUUACAGACUGUUUAUCACCUAAAAAAUCAUUUGACGUCUUAGACAUCCUUGUAUGUCUCACAACUCACCUUAAUCAAUAUUUCCGUGUCGGUCAUAUCACAAUUGUAUCCUCACCUAGAAAUCCAUGCUCUGUGUAUGAGAUGCUUGUUUGGUGUUCCGGUCUUGAAUACAACGCUGUCUAUGACAAGCUCACCACGUACUGUAGCGAGUACGACACGAAGAAAGACAGUGAUUUAAAACAGCGUGUCUCAGAUGCCGUGCAUUAUGGUUUGCCUAGUUUAGGUAAUUGGUCACAUAAUCUGCUUACCACUAUCCUCGGCACAGGUGACGCAUCCACAUACUACGCCAGCGAUUACUAUAACAAUUCUCUACGCCUCGGAUAUCCAACCAGCGGCGCGGAUUGUUUACGUACACUGGUUGACAUAUUCCGCAGAUUAUUCCCUGUUUUCAGGUUUAUGUAUGGUCAAUGUGGUCUCGGUUCCAGGCACCAUGGUUGGGCCGGCUGCCAAUAUGGCAAGAAUAUCCCUACGACCAAGUGGCCAUGUAACGUUCACUCAGCAGACAAAUCAAAGUGCCAACCUAAGUGCGAACCAAAUAGCCAACCAAAUGACCAACCAAACUGCCAACCAACGUCGCCACUUCAGUGCUACUUAACCGAUUCUCUAAUCGGCCACUUGCCUCACGAUGUAACCUCGAUUGGUUGCAAAACAGUCUGUAACACUUGCCCCAAAUCUAUGCCUGGAAUGCCGUGUAUAACUCCAAUGGGCUUUAGAGGUUUCUCUAGUAGUACGCGUAGAGGUAAAGAGCUGUGUAACGUGCUGGGCAAAUUCCUGGGUAAUGACUACCUCACAGCCUUGUUCUACGUUGCGGCCAAACCGCCGAGUAACUUACCCGAACAUUUCGCAUUUGUUAGGUCGUUGGUUAGUGGCAUUAAGUUGCCAUUAGCGCCGAAACGUGAUGAAAAUAAGACACUUGCAAACAUGUUCAAUACAUCUAUGUCCGAACAGUCCAUCGAUUUAUAUAAAAAUACAUCUGACCUUACUGAUGCACUUCAAAAGCUUAUGGUACCAGUAUGGAUGAUCAUCAAGAUAUGGACCAUUUAA